CUCGCCGGGAGGAGCCAUGAGCGCGGUGCUGGACGUGCUGUGGGAGGACAGAGAUGUCCGCUUUGACAUCUCCCCGCAACAAAUGAAAAUGAGAUCUGGAGAGGUCCUUAUAGACUGCUUAGAGUCUGUUGAAGAUACCAAAGGAAACAAUGGUGACAGAGGUAGACUGCUUGUGACAAAUUUGCGGAUUAUUUGGCGCUCAUUGUCCUUGCCCAGAGUCAAUCUGUCUGUUGGUUACAACUGUAUCAUAAAUAUAACUACAAGAACUGCCAACUCGAAAUUACGAGGGCAGACAGAAGCUCUGUACAUAUUGACUAAAUGUAACAAUACACGAUUUGAGUUCAUAUUUACCAAUGUUGUCCCUGGGAGUCCCAGACUCUUCACUUCAGUUAUUGCUGUACACAGAGCUUAUGAAACUUCUAAAAUGUAUCGUGAUCUGAAGCUGAGAAGUGCAUUGAUUCAAAACAAGCAGCUGAGAUUAUUACCACAAGAACAAAUAUAUGAUAAAAUCAAUGGAGUUUGGAAUUUAUCAAGUGACCAGGGAAAUUUGGGAACAUUUUUUAUCACUAAUGUGCGAAUAGUUUGGCAUGCAAAUAUGAACGACAGCUUUAAUGUCAGCAUACCAUAUAUACAAAUUCGUUCGAUUAAAAUAAGAGACUCAAAGUUUGGCUUGGCACUUGUGAUAGAGAGUUCUCAGCAGAGUGGGGGAUACGUUCUUGGUUUUAAAAUAGACCCUGUGGAGAAGCUACAGGAGUCAGUGAAAGAAAUUAAUUCAAUUCACAGAGUUUAUUCAGCCAACCCUAUAUUUGGAGUGGAUUAUGAAAUGGAAGAAAAGCCUCAACCUCUUGAAGACCUUACUGUGGAGCAGGUUCAAGAUGAUGUGGAAAUAGAAUCUGAUGAACAUACAGAUGCUUUUGUGGCUUACUUUGCUGAUGAAAACAAGCAACAUGAUCGGGAGCCUGUUUUUUCAGAAGAACUGGGACUUGCAAUAGAAAAGCUAAAGGAUGGAUUCACACUCCAGGGACUCUGGGAAGUAAUGACCUGAUUUAGAUUGGCUUGUGUUUCCUCCUAAGCAAGGGAGGACUCUCAGUCCUUACUAGGCUUGUGAGAUCUGUAGAAGAUGAUUUAGAAAUACCAGAGUAGCAAAGAGAGAUGAUGACAAAGAUGAAGAGCAGGUAAAUACUAGAUUAUAUGCCCUCAGGAUAUAUCAUAAAGAUUAUACAAAAUCCUUGUAUGUGUAAAGGCUUUGUAUUUGUUACAAUGCUUCUGUGGGAGGACAACCAGUAUCUAAUACUAGAAGAGGCAUGGCCCCAGCUGCUGCUGGAAGCCCCACCUCCUGGAGCCACUCAAAGAACUUAAAAGAACUGUGUUCUAGAAGCCUCAUAAAUCCCACUCUUCCUCUGGUCACAUGUUGUAAGGACUGGAGAAGUGCCUCCUCUCUGAUAGGGUAUAUGGACCUGGAACACCCUCCCCCUUACAUGCAUGGCAGUUGCCAUUUUAUUUCAGCUGCCAUGAUGUAAGAUCUCACACACCAUGUUUUCUACUGAGACUGACUGACUGAGGGUGUUGACACACUUGUACCCUCAGGUGUUUUCAGGAAUGUGAUUGGCAAGACCACCCAUCUCAUCCUGCUUUUUCUAGCAGGUUGUCAAAGCAGGAAGUCCCUCCUCUAGCAAUGCAACAAUGCAGUCUACCGUGGUGUUCCAAUGACUGUUUUAGGGCAGGCAGACCCUCUCCACCCUCCCUUUUGAUGACCCAUGUGUUUACACACUGCUGUGAUUGGCUUCUAGAACCAGCCACCACCUGGAAGUAUGUCAGAAAAAGAAGCCUUCCCUUCCUAUGUAUAUGGAGACAACCCUUCCAUAACUUGUUCAGUGUUGUGCAAUGCAGAAAUGUCAUUAUCUGCAGAACACUCUUGUAUCUAAACAUAUUUGCUGUGUCAUCGCAGCAGUGCUCUGUUGCUGGUAGCCAUAACAAAAAAGCAGUACUGUUCCAAAUAUUAAUUUCUAUGUCUCAUAAUUUUGUUAAAUGUUCAGCACAUAUCAUUCCAGGUACUUAAUUAUAAUCCAGAUAGCUUCAUGAAGUUGUUGCGUUGGGAUUUUUUGUUUUGGGAUUUUUGGGGGGGUUGUUUGUUUGUUAUGUGGCUAGAGCACUUAUCUGAGAUAUGAUGCACAUAAAUAGCACAUUAAUAGUUUCUGUGUCUGAGUCAUUAGACCUUUAAGAUCUGAUGUGUUAGAGAGAAAUGAGUCAUUCAUUGUUUCAAAGCAGAUGCAGCUGUUACGUUUUCUGGUGAGAUAAGAUGUCUGCACUAUUUUCUGUAAGUGGAAAAAGUCAAAUGAGCUCUGCUCUCAGCUGUUACCUUAGCAGCUGACUGUCAUAAUAAAGUAACUGUGGAGUGAAUGUAAUCAUGAUGUCUGUGUAUAUAUUUUAAUUAAAUAAUACUUAUAUUGAAAAUCAGUCAAGAUUCCAAUGACCUUUGACAAUGCUAUGCCUUGUAGAUCUUGUAUUCAAAUAAUUGUGUUUUGAUCUUGUUCCCAUUACACCUGAAGAACAUUUUACCAUAUUGGGUAAAAAAGUAUUCUCUACAUGGGCAAAAUACAGUCCUCCAAGACAC